AUGGAAGCGGAUUAUAGACCGAAUGUCUAUGCUUCUAUCUUUAUUACCCUGCCGCUUGCAGCGCUGGUGCUAGUGCUGAGACUCUUGGCGAGACGGACGACGAGAGCGGGUUAUGGGAUUGAUGAUUGGCUGGCCGUCGUUGCGUUUAUUGGAGCUCUUGCGUAUUCGAUUGACAACCUUGUCUUUCUUUUCGGCUUUGGCCUCGGUCGCCCGCUGAAAGAUGGCCCGUCGCAUCUCACCGAAGAAGAACGACUCGAACGAUCAUACCUCCUCAUUUGGCUCAGCAGCCUGACGUAUACCAUUGGCAUCGGCUUCGCCAAAUUCGCCAUUUUGACAUUUUACUGGCGCCUGUUCAAAUAUUCUAGUUCGCGCAUCGCAAUCCAAGUUGUCUCUGUGCUUUGUGUCGCAUGGUUCAUCGUCCGAAUGCUCCUGUUAACACUGUCAUGCAUGCCGACGUCUGCCUACUGGGAUCUCGCCCGACGAACUACCCACUGCCAUGUCACGAGCAAUUUUUAUUUCUUCUCCACUGGUCUUACGCAUGCUGUUCUGGAUAUUGUCAUUCUUGUUCUCCCGCUGAUUGAAGUCAUCAAAAUGCAUCUUCCGCUUGGUCAAAAACUUGCUGUCAUGGCCCUCUUUGGCUUUGGUGCUCUUGUUUGUGUACUGUCGAUUCUUGUCAUCCAUAAUUCCUUCCAGUUCAACGGAAGUUCGAAGGAAAUCGCCCUCAAGAUCGGUUAUCACGGAUCUUUGGCUGCAGCAGAAUGCAAUCUCGCCAACGUUUCGGUUUCGCUACCAAUGCUGCGACCCGUAUUUCGAAAGAUCGUACCCUCCUCAUUCCUCGCGUCUCACAGAAGUAAGCGUGCUGUCGUCGACUCAGCCCUAUCACCAGAAUACGGUAUCAAGGGCAGUCGCGGCACAAAGGCAUCAGUACAGAACGGCUCAAGUUCCGUAUGCGAAUUUGUCAUGAACGAUGAUAUCCCAGCGGGAUACGACAUCGAGGCUUCACAUGCUGGGUGGAGUUACGGCACAGAGAUCACAAUCUCCAGUCCGUGGAGACAUCAAACGCCUCCACCGACAGUAAACGAGGGGUUGGAUGGGAUACAAAUAUCAGAAGAAACAACGGUUCACGUUGAACGCAUAGGGCCUUAUCCAUAA